AUGUCCCCACACAGUACAAAGUCACCACACGGUCAGCACGCUGAGGACCGCCCGGACCGCCGGGACCGCGAGGACCGCGCGGACCGCCAGGACCGCGAGGACCGCCGGGACCGGGCGCGAGGGCCGGGCGCGAGGGCCGGGCGCGAGGACCGCCGGGACCGGGCGUGGACCGGGCGCGAGGACCGCGCGGACCGCGAGGACCGCGAGGACCGCCGGGACCGCGAGGACCGCCGGGACCGGGCGUGGACCGGGCGCGAGGACCGCGAGGACCGCCAGGACCGCCGGGACCGCGAGGACCGCCAGGACCGGGCGUGGACCGGGCGCGAGGACCGCGAGGACCACCAGGACCGAGGGGGGGGGUACCGGCAGGCGUGCCACAUCCCAGAAUGGAGUGGAGUUACGAGCCGGGCACGCGACCCUCCAAGGCGGUUAGGGAUGCCUGCUCAAGGAGGGUCUGGGGGGACAGAAAAAGAUGGACUGGGAGUGCUGGGGGAAGGAAACAGUCCAGACCCGCGAGCCAGCCCCGAGGGCCACCAGCCUCACCCUGUGGGCCGGGACCGUGCACAGAUCCUAAUAGGCCACUGA